AAGGAGUAAAUCAAACCAAAAAAAAAAAAAGUCUAUGUCUUUCUUUAGCUGCUGUCAAAUUUGUCAGCCUCCUGCCACAUGCCAGCAGAUCGUAAUUUACAGUGAUUUUAUUCGAAAAAUAUACUAUAAUUAAUAAUAAAACAUGAAACCUCUUAUGCUGCAAGGGCACGAGCGUGCCAUCACACAAAUCAAAUACAACCGUGAGGGUGAUUUGCUGUUCUCCGCUGCGAAAGAUUCGAAACCAAACGUAUGGUGGUCUCUAAACGGGGAGCGCUUGGGUACCUUCAAUGGACACGGUGGCGUCGUGUGGUGCUUAGACGUCGACUGGCAAUCUAUCAACCUCAUCACAGGCGGUGGCGACAGUUCCUGCAGAUUAUGGGAUCUGGAGACUGGCAAGAACAUAGCCACAAUAAAAACAAACUCAUCAGUGAGGACGUGUAAUUUCAGCUACAGUGCUUACCAGGCCGCAUAUACUACUGACAAAGCCAUGGGACAUCCCUGUGAGGUCUUUAUCAUUGACACAAGGACCAUUGAUGAAUCUAUGUCUACCCAGUCCCCCAUACUCAAGUGGGAAAUAACAGAUUCUAAAGUGACAUCCAUGGUGUGGGGCACUCUUGAUGAGACCAUCAUUACCGGCCAUGAAGCUGGUGACCUUAUCCAGUGGGACCUUAGGACUGGCAAAAAAGUCCACUCAAUAAAGGAACACACCCAUCAAAUCAACGACAUGCAACUGUCUAGAGAUGGUACAAUGUUCAUCACUGCUUCCAAGGAUCAAUCUGCCAAACUGUUUGACACCAGCUCCUUGGAGUUGCUUAAAGAGUACAAAACUGAGCGUCCUGUGAACUCGGCCGCGCUCAGCCCCAUCCUGGACCAUGUGGUGCUUGGUGGUGGUCAAGACGCUAUGGAGGUCACCACCACUUCUACCAGACAGGGAAAAUUCGAUGCCCGUUUCUUCCAUCUAGUAUUUGAAGAGGAGUUUGGCCGUGUGAAAGGUCACUUUGGACCUAUCAACAGUUUAGCUUUCCACCCUGAUGGUAAGAGCUACGCCUCUGGUGGUGAAGAUGGUUAUGUUCGUGUUCAGAGCUUCGAUCAAUCAUACUUUGAUUACACUUUUGAUUACAAUAGAGAAUAGAAAUCACAUUUAAAAUACUGUCAACACUAAUCAUUUUUUAGAAAACAAUAAAGAUGAACAUUUCUAUCUUACCAA